GCCAGGAUUUAAUACUGGAAUUCUACAACGACUGGACUCAAACUUUUGCCCCGUACUGUAUAUAUGAGCUUGAUACGUUAUUUUCAAAGUUCCGUCAUUUUUAUUGGGCUAUUAAAGGCUUUUACACAAUCGCCUUAAAUUCAAAAAGGUUUUUAAAAUGUAAAUGUAUAUUUUAAUGUGAACUGUCGCUGCAACAUCAAAGCUUUUGUACUAUUUUGAUGUUUUUCUGAAGCCCAAAAUGUUGAAAUUUUAACAGUUACCUAAGUUGGAUAGGCUCUAUCAUGCCUGUAGAAAACGGGUGACAUCCCCUUCAAUGUUGUGACUAUAUUUUGUACCAAAUGAUAAAACUAUUGAGUCAUUCCAUCAAAUAAACUUAUAGUUAUAGCUAAUCUAGGCCCGGGAGAUAAUUUUCAUGGUUGAAAAUGGCCAGGGGGGCUGCAUGCACGUAUUUCUAAUUACGUAUUAGUCGUAAUUUAUAUGCACGGUCGUGGAUUUAAAAUCUUAACUUAUGCAUUAUUUGUUUCAAAAAUCGUAUUAGGUUAAUGUUAAUUGUAGACAAGUUCUAUUCUUCAUGUUUAGAGACGGAAGAAAUGGAUGAGGAAAAUGGCCACGAACCAGGUAAAACUGUUAUGAACUUAUGACUAUGAACAAAAGUAAUUUCAAAAGUAAAAUGUCGUAUAACGUGGACUACUUCCCUUUUUUUGUUACCUCCAGAAUAGCGAAUACUCUUCAUAGUAUCAUUUGUAUUUUGGCUUUUCUAUCAAAUACAAACACUAUACAAAAGUUCGCCCCGGGGCAUAGGACAUCCCCCAGACUUUCCUGAUGUGUGUAUGUUUCUGAUCGUGUGAAACCUUAAGGUCAAUCUUAACCUUAGGUAAUACUGAAAAAAUAACACUGUCCACAGUGUCCAGUGUGCCAGUAAUCAGCCACUCGACAAUAAUUAUUGCAGUUAGUUAUUUGAAUUUACUCGAUGCUGCUUUGCAAACAUUUCCCCUAAAACCUUUCCCAUAUAAAAGGCCUGUUUCUUCGAUAUGGUUACUUGACAAUAACAGUACUGCUACCAACCUUAUAAUGAAUAAUAUUAUUAUGCAGAGACAAAUAACUCUCUUUCCCAAAGUCAUUGCAUUGUCGCGAAAAUAUUUUGUUGCCAAAAUACUAUGUGGGAAAAUUUUUGUUCAAAAUUUCGUACCAGAAAUUAAAACUCGGAACCAGAAAUGCGCCAAAUUGAUAAAUGAAACUGACUCUAAUCACGCCACACAUCACACUAAAUAGCCGCAAUGUUUCAGGCUGCAAAAAAGAUAUCCUGGUUCUUUGGUACAAUUCGAUACCUGCUAGCUCUGAAUUCCUUUCCGUUGUUAAAAAAGUCCUGAAGACUUUUGUCGGAAGUGAAAAGCUGUGCGUGGAAGAACAAGGCACUCAAAUUGGUUUCAUCACCCUCUCCAACGACAACCAAACAAGAAAAUUAUUAAAAGUUGGGGAAAUCAAGAACAAAACAUUGCUGACCCAGUGGUUUGAUAGUUUUGACUAUGAGAAUGACUCUUUCACAAAACUUGAGCUUGCAAAGAAUGUUUUUAACGUGAGCAGUCCCAAAAAUUUCCGUCCAGAGGUGGAGGAUGUUAUUUUGUUGUUAAUCGGUGGAUCUCACAAUGCCUCGGAAAAUCAAACAAAGCUAGUAGAUGAAUACACCAGAAUCCUAAAGAAGAGGAAUAUCACUAUUGUUGGCUUAGUGGUCGGGAGUGAAGAUGAGAUCAAAAUGUUGAAACCGUAUGUCGAGCGCUGGUCGUCACCAGAGCUUCUGUUUGAGUCAAACUUUGAAGAGUUGGACAAAGUUGUGAAUCAAAUAGUUAAUGCUUUGUGUGAGACACCAGGUAAGUAAAAAUAAGACGUUAGUUAUACACAAAACAUGCGGAGUGGCAAAACAAGCCAUUUUUUUCGGUGCCACAGGCUAAAGAGAACUAUAAUUAUUUUAAAUGAAUUUCUAUUAAUAAAAAAACAAAAGCAAUAAAAAAAUGUAAGAACAUAAGAUGCGACCUCGCAUAAAUGGCUCUAGUGUCUGUUUCCAUUGUUUCUCUUGUCAAAAUUCACCAUUGACAACCCACAACCCUGUCACCCAAUAAGCAUGAUAACAUAAAAGGAGUUGAAAUGGAUUUCUAUGUCGUUGUGGUAUUUGUUUCGAAUUUGUUGCCGAAUCCAUGCAAAGAUUAUUGAACCAUAUUGAAAGGAUUCAUCAAAAUGAACCAAAUUAUAAGCAGCACUCCUCAUAUUCUAACUCAAAAAUGGUGCUUAUUCAGCACUUGUAAUUUAAACACUUUUUCUGUUGCUGUUUUCGCACCAGCACUCCUCGUGUACUUACUCCAGAAUAGUGCUGUUUUAGCACUUAAAAUUGUAAAACUUUUUCUGGUGCUGUUUUCCUGGUGUGGGUGCUAAUUCAAUUACCCCAAAGUUGUGUUAGAUAAUCGUAGUGCUGAAUUGACUCCUUUACCAAAUGUUAGAGUCAAACAAUCUCCAUAUUAGGUAUUAAAAUAGUAGUUUUAAUUUAACGCCACCAUUUGGGGCUUAUUCAACUACAGUCUUGGUGCUAAUUUAACCCCCUGAAAUUAACAGCAUGGGUUUUAACCAUCCAAAAUGUAGUUAACGAGUUUUAUACAACCACUCUGUGUAUCGCAGUGUUUAUAACUGCUCCCUUUUUUCGUGAAAUGAAACACACAUUAUUUCUUCAGGAGAAUGUAAGUGUAGAGAUGGCGACAUUUACAAGUUUACUACAUACGUCGGGCGCAACGAAAACAAUGGGUUGGUGCAUUGGCCAGUACCCGAAGUCACGUGCUCUGAAUAUGCAGGUGGCCAGAUCGAUCCACCUGACGUCAGUUCCCCUGCGAUUUUCUCGCUGGGCGAGCACGUGAUCACAUUUUUAUUCUCGCAUAAACGCAAUGGCCAGAUUGUUGAAUUCAAAUGUUUUGUCAAUUUCACUGUUGCCCGUUGUCAUUGUCCAUGCAAUCAAACAGUUUAUGCUCAAGUUCAAGGAGAUUCGCCGGACAGAGCAUUAGUCAGUUGGUCAGAACCUAAGCCAAGAUGUCCGACGACGCCAAGUCCAGAAAAUCCGAAAAGAAAUGCUGAUUUGCUCUCUGUUGGUAAUUACACGCUAUACUACAACUAUACACACAGCAGCGAAAACCAAGCAUUUAGUGUCCAAUGUCAUGUAAGAAUUUUUGUGGGAGAUGCAUCGAAAUGUCAAGAAAAAAUUGACAUAGUUUUUGUGCUGGACAGAUCUGGGAGCAUUGCCGAUGGUGAUUAUCGACAAAUGCAAAGAUUCGUAAAAUAUGUGGCAAGUAAACUAAAUAUCGGUGUAAGAAAUGAUGCAGGUGACGUAAUAGGUCAAGGCGCUAUAGUUACCUUUAGCGAAAUUGCAGAAAUUGAGAUCUUACUAAGUGAAAGCGCAACACCAGGAGCAUUCGAUAAAGCGGUGGACGCUAUGGAAGGACCUUUACCAGGCGGGCGUACAAAUACACAUUUAGGCCUAGAGUUAGCUGACAGAUACGUGGUUCAAAAAACUGGUGGAUAUCGAGAUGACGAUGACGUAAAACAUAUACUUAUGGUGAUAACAGAUGGAGAGCAAACAAAAGGAAGGGAUUAUGUUCCCGUGAAAGAGGCUAUAAAACCCUUCUUUGACAGAAAUAUGGAAGUAUUUGCAGUCGGUGUAGGAUUGCAUAUAGAUGAAGCUAAACAAGAAAUCCGAGACAUGGUCAGGUCUGACGCAAAUGCAAUCUUCCCCACAAGUUAUACUGAUUUAGUAAUUCAAGUGAAUGACAGCCCCCUUAGAUUUUGUUCAGUUUGUGGAACGAAAAGAGAAGACUGCCAUCCAACAUUAGCAACUUGCACUGACAUAGAGCUAGGGAAGUAUGAGUGCAGAUGCCACAAAGGAUACAUUGGAGAUGGAAAGACAUGUUUUGCUUGUGAGUGUUCUGGUGCACAAAGAGUAAAAGUUAAAGUGAAUAUCGGCCAAACAAAUGCUUCCGUCAGUUGGUUGGAGCCUAAACCUACUUGCCCGACAACGCCAAACCCAAACAAUACGAGGCACACACGUGGACAGUUCCCUGUCGGUAACUACACGAUCGUUUAUCAAUACACCCACACCACCGAAUCUAAAAGUUUUAAGAUACAAUGUGAUGUGAAAAUUGUUGUCACAGGUAUGACUACAGAAUAAUUAUUACGAAUGGCUUUAGAUUAUUUCACAAUGUUAUAGAAUGCAGGCGCAUAUCACUACUCAUACGCAUGCAAUGCUGUAUUUUGGACUGUUGUUCGGUCAGUCAGACUUUAAGAAAACGUAGCGCCCUUUGGCUGUGAGGCUAGGCAGGUUGCGUAAAUGAAAUUAU